UCUUUCCAACUCUUUACCCUCGUUUCUACAAUGAUCAAACUCAUAUUUUAAUUUGACAAAACUACCCUUGGCUGGUCAAAAGCAGUUUGAACUAACCGAAGUACGCUGAAAAGCCUCAGCUGCUUAUUGUUUAGGGUUUCUCUCUUCUCUCUGGAAAAAAGUCUUCUGUAGCUUCUCGAGGAUGGAGUCCAGCGGCGAUGACGUGGCACGAAUCCGCCGCGAAAUCCAAGCUUUAAAGGACGAGAAAGCCUGCAUAGAACAAAAGAUUUCAGUCCUCGAAGCUCAGCUCCAAGAAACAGCGUCAUUAGCACCUCAGCUGCAGCAAAACGGCGAUGUUUGCAAUGGUUCCUGUCCUCCAAUUACCGCCGUCGGUGCCAACAUGGCACACGGACUAUCGGCGGAUAGUAUUUACCGUUAUAGCCGCCAUCUUUUGCUCCCUUCUUUUGGAGUCCAAGCGCAAUCAAAUCUCUUGAAGUCUUCAAUAUUGGUUGUCGGAGCUGGAGGUUUGGGCUCGCCCGCUCUGUUAUAUCUAGCAGCUUGUGGUGUUGGUCGGUUGGGAGUUGUCGAUCAUGAUGUGGUUGAGCUUAAUAAUAUGCACAGGCAGGUCAUUCACACUGAAGCAUAUAUUGGUCAGCCAAAAGUAAAGUCUGCUGCUGCUGCUUGUCGUGCGAUCAACUCCACUAUACAGAUUGUUGAACACAAAGAAGCUUUGCGCACAUCUAAUGCUUUGGAAAUUUUGAGCCGAUAUGACAUAAUAAUUGAUGCAACCGACAAUGCUCCUAGUCGUUACAUGAUCAGUGAUUGCUGUGUUGUGUUAGGAAAGCCUUUAGUAUCAGGCGCUGCACUAGGAUUGGAAGGGCAGCUGACUGUUUACAAUUACAAAGGAGGUCCAUGCUAUCGAUGCCUAUUUCCAACUCCACCUCCUACAACUGCUUGUCAAAGAUGCUCGGAUAGUGGAGUCCUAGGAGUGGUUCCUGGAAUUAUCGGCUGUCUUCAAGCGCUGGAAGCCAUUAAAAUGGCAAGUGCUGUCGGUGAACCACUUUCAGGGCGGAUGCUUUUGUUUGAUGCAUUGUCAGCUCGAAUUCGUAUUGUCAAAAUAAGAGGUAGGUCAGUUCAAUGUGAAGUUUGUGGAGAAAAUACAACAUUCAACCAACAGCAAUUCAAAGAUUUUGACUAUGAAAAGUUCACUCAAUCUCCAUUGUCAACGUCUCCACCGAAGCUGAAACUGCUUGCCCCGGAUUCUAGAAUAACCAGUAAGGAGUACAAAGGGAGGAUUGUUGCUGGGGAAGCACACGUUUUAGUUGAUGUGCGACCGGAACACCACUACAGGAUAGUUUCUAUCCCGAAGUCCUUAAACAUUCCACUUGCAAGCUUGGAGGCUAGGUUGUCUGAAAUUUCUGCUGCACUGAAACAAGAGCAAGAGCAGGAGGGCACUGGUUCAGGUGCUAACCUGUAUGUAAUAUGCAGAAGAGGCAAUGAUUCACAAAGGGCUGUGCAAUACCUCCACAACAAGGGUUUCAAUUUAGCUAAGGAUAUUGUUGGGGGCUUGGAGUCAUGGGUCCAUGAUGUGGAUCCCAACUUCCCCAUGUAUUAGUACAAAUGUCAUUUAUAAUCUCAUAGAUGUUCGUGUUAUAAUCUCAUAUUAUUUUGAUCCAAUCCAAAGUAGUCAUGAAUUUAAUUUUGAUGCAACGGUAAAAAAAUGUAUUACUUAUGCUAGUGUAAGUGAAUCUUUCCUCCAUUAAAUCAUAUCAUGAUCCUACUUUGGUCUGGG